AUCCUGCCUCAGAAGUACCAAAAUUAGAACAAUGGUUUGCUAUUGAAACACAUCCCGAUCAUAUAUUAAUCGAACGUAUAUGUCAUGAAUUAAAUGAAGGUGAUUAUCGAACAAAAUUUCCAAAAUUAGAAUCAAAACAUAUUCGACUUUGGUUUAAAAAUCAUCGUGCAAAAGUAAAACGAAUAUGUCGAAUAAAUACAACUGAUACAUCACUCACACUUCCAUUGCCAACUCCGACCACACCAACAAAUGAUUUAAAUAACAAAAAUUCAAAUAAUCAAGAAUGUGUGACAAAUGAACAAGUCAAUAUCGACGAUGAUAUUGAUACAUGA